AUGGGUUCUCGUCCAUCGUUGCUACAACGUUCUGCUCCACCAGUUCAAUCUAACGGCUCGUCAAACAAAAUUGCCAAGAUCAAUAUUUUAAUUUUAGGUACAACAGCAGUAGGAAAAACAACGCUUUUUCGGCAAUUAAGGUUAAGCGGAAAUUGUAAACCGCUUGAAAGACGUUUCUAUUACAGUAUUUUAUUACAAAAUCUAGUUCAGAUAUACAAUGAUAUCUUCCAAGCUUGCGAAGAAUUAAAUUUGGAUAUUUCUAAACAAAGGAAAAAUUUUGAUAUUAUUUUGGCAAGUAAACAACUGGACAAGCUGAGCAGCAGUUGCUUACGUGCAAUGAAAGAUAUUCCAGAGGAUGAUACAAUACAGAAAUUGAUUCGAACUAGCCAUAAAUUAUCGUUUAUUCAAAACAUUCAGUAUUUCUUCGAUAAUAUUGAAAGAAUCACGGCCAGUAAUUAUAUUCCAACUGAGAUAGAUAUCUUAAAUUCCUAUGCACCAACAAUUGGAAUCGAUCAAGUACAUUAUCAUACUUCAUUUGCAUCAAUCAGUAUUUUGGACAUCGGUGGUAGCGAAUAUUCUCGACGAAAGUGGAACAAAUUCUACAGUAUCAUAAACGUUCUUAUUUACAUUGUUGAUUUAACUGCAUUUUGCAAGCUUCGGAAAGAGCGCCUAUCAAGUGUAGAGGAUGAAUGUGUUACCAUAUUCACGCAACUCUCCAAUAAUUUUACGCUGAAAAAGUCUCAUUUUAUUGUGUUAUUCAAUAAGAAAGAUAUACUCGAUGCUCAAAAACGACCACUGCUUAAUGGACCUCCACCAGGUAGUGCUGAUACAACAGUUUCUGCAGAUGCCACAGCAUCACUGAGUCUAAUUAAAGCCAAAUUCUUGAAUCAUCUAACAAGAAAAAUUUAUCAGCAUACCGUAUCAUUACUUUAUCGAGAUACUUUCGAAGCAUCGGUUAUGGACAGUAUCAGUAAAAUUGCUGCAAAAAAUCGAUCCGUAGCACCAAUGUAA